UCUUUCUCCUCUUUGUAUAUCUAUAUAGAAAUUAGUCUUUUUUCUCCCAUGGCUAAUGUCGAUUGGGAUCUCUUUGCCAUUGUGCGUAGCUGCAAAGCUACCUCUUUAACCCGUUCUUCCACCAUUUUCGAAACAUCACCUCACAUUCACUCCACUUUUGAAACUUCACCUCACACCCUAACCACCACCACUACGAAUAAGAUUAUAUCACUUCAAAAUUACACACCAUCUUACUUUGAUGAUUUUACCUUGUCCUGUGAAAAUAGCCCAAUUCCUUUUUCUCCGCUUAAAUCAAAUGAUUUCUUACAAAUAGGAACGUUUAUACCCAAUUUUAAUCCCACCCCCAUAACCCCCGUAAGAAUCCCCACCAUCACUUCUCCAAACACCACUAUUUCUGAUGUCGUUACCCCUGUCACUACUACCACCUCUUUCAUGACUCCCACCCUUAACACCACUAUCCCUAACUCGACCUUUGCUUUACCUACCAUAACUAACAUUAGCACUGGUAUUAAUGGAAUCAACCAGUAUCCUACUGUUUUCGAUUUUCCAAUAUUUGUCGGACAACCACAAAUUAAACCAAACAACAACAAUCAAAUGGUUUUCCCCAAACCUGCUGCCUAUAUAGAAAUUACAACUGCACAUUUUGAUCUUGCAUACAAUCAUCCACCGGUUCUCCACGAACUCCAGAGAGAGCGCAAUCAACUACCAAUUCAAGUAUCCAAAACUAAUUUUGGGAUUAUACCGAAUACACUUUCACAACAUCCAAAGCGAAAAUCUUGGAAAAGGAAGAAUAAUAAUACGAAGAUAUUGGAAUGCCAUUUGAGUGUAGAGAAGAUCAAAGAAGAUCCAUGGACAUGGAGAAAGUAUGGAGAAAAAAUCAUCAAAGGGUCUUCACAUCCAAGGAGCUAUUACAAAUGUAGCAGCUUCAAUGAUUGUUCGGCAAGAAAACUUGUAGAAAAAAGCAAAAACAAAGAGAACACUUAUGUUGUGACAUAUAAAGGACAACACAAUCAUAAAGAGCCAAAAUGCAAUCAUAAAUCUGCCAUUGGUACCUUCCGAAAUAAGUCAUCAAAGAGAGUAUUAUCUACUGCUAAAGUUGUUGAAUCAUCCUCAAAUGUAAGAAACACCGAUGCUCAAAUUUUCUCAACUCAAUCAAAAGUCCUAAAUCCAGAAAAUGAUCUUUCAAAACAUCAUUUGCUUGUUUCCGAAGAAGCUGCAUCAUCUUCAAAUGUUGGAAAUUUCAAUUCAUCUGAUGCUAUGAUGUUACAGUUUGAUGAACCAAAGAGCGGGAAUGCUCAAGUUUUCACUUGUGAAUCAACAAUUCCUUAUUCACAAACAAAAUCGAUUGGAGUUUGUGAUGAUGACGAUGACAAUGAUAUUUUGAUACCAAACAUGAGAGCAAUGUCAGAAGAUAUUUUAUUGGAAUUCAACCACCUCAACGGUGGUAAGUUAUUCCCUUAGUUGAGUCUAAUCCAUUAAACUUUCUAGAUUUGAGUUGGUCUAGUUUUAGAUUAUUCCUAAAUAAUAUAUUAUUCAAUGACUUUUCUAAUAGACGAAGAAAUUGUAUAAAUAAAUAUUACUAAUGCUCAAUUUUCUCUUAUUAA